AUGGGCUCUUCUGGCCGGGGUAGCCGACCUCCAGCUCUCAGUCGACAGUCCCAGGGGUGCUAUGAGUGUGGGGAGUUAGAUCAUUGGGCCCACGAGUGUCCCCUUCGCAGGUUAGCCUUACCCGCUCCACAAGCAGCUAGGCAUACGCCAGCACCUCCAGCUAGAGGCGGAGGCCAGGGACAGGACCGCAAGGGUGGUCACCAGGGUAUAAGGGGUUGUCCCCGAGGAGGCAGGUUAGGGGGCAGAGCGGAUGCACAGGAUAGUGGAGCCCAGGCCCACUUUUAUGCAGCUCCAGCUAAAGCAGAUGCUGAGACCUCGGACGAUGUGAUCACAGGUACAGUGUUAUUAUGCCAUCAACCCGCAUCCACCUUAAUUGAUCCAGGCUCUACUUAUUCUUAUAUAUCUAUUUAUUGUGCUCCUCGAUUGAGUAUGAGCCUAAAGCUAUUGGUUGAGCCGUUGCGUUUUUCGACCCCGGUAGGUGAUUCUUUAGUAGUGGAUCAGGUAUUUAGAUCCUGUGUGGUGACUAUUCAGAUGCGAGACACUAGGGUUGAUCUCAUUUUGCUUGACAUGGUGGAUUUUGAUUUGAUUUUGGGUAUGGUUUGGUUAUCCCCCCACCGUGCGGUCUUGGAUUGCUAUGCCAAGACCGUUACUUUAGUCGUGCCUGGAAUUCCUCCAGUGGUGUGGCGGGGCUCUUGUAGUCGCACGCUAGUUGGGAUGAUAUCAUUUGUUCGGGCCCAGAGGUUGAUGGCUAGCGGGUGUUUGGCUUAUUUAGCUUAUGUUAGAGAUGUUCGUAAGGAAGGUCCUACCGUUGAUUCGGUACCUAUUGUUCGAAAGUUUACAGAUGUGUUUCCUGCCGAUCUGCUUGGUUUCCCUCCUGAUCGUGCCAUUGAAUUUCCUAUUGAAGUAGAGCCGGGCACUGAACAAGGUGACGGUGAAGAACCGUUUCCCCAUGCCUAG